AUGAAAUCAGAAGAUAUGUAUUUGAAUAGAGCGAGGUUUGUAAUGAAAUUCCUAGGGGUGUGGAUAAUAUACAUCAUUCAAGUCUGGGGUGAUCUUGAAGCAGUAUCACAAGCGUCGUAUUUGCUUUUCACACAAGCUUGUUUAUGUUUAAAAGUGACUGUUUUUCAAGUGAAUAUGUCUAUGGUUAGAGAAUUACUGAAACAAAUGAACGGAGAUAUUUUUAAACCACUUUGUGAAGAACAUGUCAGGAUCUUAAAAUGGCACGCUGUUCGUAUCAAAAGGUUGUUAUUGGCUUUUAUGAUAAGUUCUCAGACGACGUGCGGCCUGUGGGCGCUCAAACCUUUGUUUGAUGAUGCAGGAAGCCGCAAAUUUCCCUUCGACAUGUGGAUGCCUGUGAAACCGGACCAUUAUCUACAAUACGAGAUGGGUUAUGCUUUCCAACUGAUCACAAUAUGUAUGAGUGCUUACAUGUAUUUUGGCGUUGAUAGUGUUACGUUGUCUAUGGUUAUUUUUGGUUGUGCACAAAUUGAUAUAAUCAAAGACAAAAUUUUGAAAAUAAAAUCAUUUAAAACGAAAGAUGAUGACCCUAGUGAGCGUAAUAAGUACUCGGAGAGAAAUUAUCAUAAGCUAAUAGAAUGUAUAAAACAACAUCAAGGUGUGGUGACAUUUACCAGAUUAGUAGAAGACGCGUUCCAUACAUUUCUCUUCUUCCAACUGAUUGGCAGCGUUGGACUUAUUUGUAUGUCCGCUUUACGUAUAUUAGUGGUGGACUGGCGUAGUUUACAAUUCGCCUCUAUAGUGACGUACUUGUCAGUCAUGAUCAGUCAGUUAUUCGUAAGUUGUUGGUGCGGACAUGAACUUACUGCUACUAGUGAAGAUCUCCAUACAGUUUUGUACAAAUGCGCGUGGUAUGAACAGGAUGUGAAGUUUAAGCGAGCUCUGUGCUUCGUCAUGAUGCGCAUGAGCAGACCAAUAGUGGUAAAAGCGGGACAUUACGUACCAUUAUCGAGACAAACAUUUGUUUCUAUUCUACGAAUGUCAUAUUCUUAUUUUGCUGUAUUAAAUCAAAGAAAAUAA